CAGAUCUGCGAUGUAGCGCUGGUUGGUGUAGAGCCUUGUCGGUCACGUGACGGGUAAUGCCUCGCUGGAUAUGAAUGGCGAGGUUGUAAUUAAGUGCUGGGGACUUGCUGAGAAGGGUUAUCUCGAAAUGUUAGCAAACGAGAUGGUCAAAAACUCGCCUUAGCUACCAAACCCGUGUCAAAAUGAAACCAAAAUUUAAAACAAUGCAUAUUUAGGUAUUUAGGAGCUCGUUACGUACUGAACGGGUGGUCGAUGCGCGAAAGGCCUUUUAUUUCCUCGUUUUUUAACAUCAGCAAUAAUACUGAACCGCUGGACGUAGAACAGUAUUUUUUUUUUUUUUGUUGUUUAUUUUAUUUUCUUUCUCGGCGGGUCAUUGCAAAAUGAAGAGGGUUAACAGUUUUCAGAGAUUCAUGAACACUCGAGCUGCAGCUAACUGCCGCUACCAGCCCACUGGUUACGAACACGCUGCUAAUUGCUGCACACAUGCGUUCCUCAUAGUACCUGCUUUCGUGGGCAUGACCCUGCUCUGUCGCCUCUCGGAUGACAGUUGGAAGAAGAUCACAGCCUGGAUUUACGGCAUGGGCCUCUGCACGCUGUUCCUCGUUUCCACAGUGUUCCAUACCAUAUCAUGGAAAAAGAGCCACAUGAGAAAUGUGGAGCAUUGUUUUCACAUGUGUGACAGGAUGGUGAUCUAUUUCUUCAUUGCUGCCUCCUAUACACCAUGGCUCAACCUUCGUGAACUUGGACCUUUAGCUUCACACAUGCGAUGGUUUAUCUGGCUAAUGGCAGCUGGAGGAACCGUUUUUGUGUUUUUGUACCAUGAAAAGUAUAAGCUUGUUGAGCUCCUCUUCUAUCUAACAAUGGGUUUUUCUCCUGCUUUGGUUGUGAUGUCAAUGAACAACACAGAGGGGCUUCAGGAGCUUGCUUGGGGGGGCUUUCUCUACUGCCUCGGAGUGAUUUUCUUCAAGAGUGAUGGAAUCAUUCCUUUUGCCCACGCUAUCUGGCAUGUCUUUGUAGCACUGGCAGCAGCUGUACAUUACUACGCCAUUUGGAAAUAUCUCUACAAAAGCCCUUUGACAGACCUCAUCAGAGAUUUAUGAAAAGAAGUUCCAGUUGCAUUGCGUGACUUUUUUUUCUUUUCUUUUAUAAAGAUGCACUGGCCUUGAUCUCCCUUUCCCUUUUUCUACUGUGAACGUUGUUUUCCAUAUACACUGGGCCGCAUUACAAUUUUCCCCCGGUACCACACGGCUAAAUCGCACGGUAACUUGAAGCAAGUCAUUUUCUACCACGGUAAUCCCACGCUGCAGCUUGACAUGUCAACUCAGUACUUCGUUUUUCCAGUAGUGCACGCCAGAGAGCUUUUAGGGAUGCACAGUAUACCGUUAAGAUUUGUUUAAUCUCUUAGGGACUGUAUUUUUUAAAUAGGGACUGUAUUUUUUUGUCAUCAAAGCUCGUACUGUAUAGGAUAGGCUGUAUUAACAGGCUUACUGGUUUUACUGGGAAACUCUUUCCAUGGGUCCCACUGUAUCUACAGUAAAGAUGUAGCGCCGUGUCUAAUAUUAGACCAUUCAAACCAACACUGCUUCAGAUGUUUUUACAGUGCAAAGAAAAUUAGGAGGUUUGUAAAAACUAAUUUCUAUACAUCUUUAUCGAAGUACACUGUGUGUAGAAAUUGGGAAAGAAAAUAAAUAACAUUCAAGCAUAAGAAAUCCAUGUUCGUUCUAGCACUAACGAAAUUGGACUUAAACAUUCUUAGGCUGAAAAGGCAUAACCAGCAAUCAAAAGUUUACAGUGAUCACAUGACACAUGUAUUGUUUACUGUUUUAUAAACAUCACAGGUUUACCGUUUUUAGAACUGUUUCUACGAGUAAUGAUACGCAGUGCCGAUAAAAUGACUUUUUUUUUGUACAACAUUUUAAAUUGUUCUAGUUAAAUGCUAACAAAGGCGACAUUUAACCUUAUUGGGUAUAAAAGUAUUUAGGAUUGAAUUGAGACGAAAACAUAUAAAAAGCUUAUUUUUCUUUCCCAUUGGAAGGAUAUGAUGGAUUUAUUAAAAAAAUGUUUUUUUAAUAAAUUGCAAAGUUACUGAAGCUCUGCCAUAACAUUAACAUGCACAGAUUCCUGAGAACACAACGGCUGGGAGACACAUUCCAUACGCAAACAGUGUAUCUUUCCCAACCACUUUUGUCUGCGUUUAGAUAAAAGGUUUGGUUUAUUAUUACUGUUCUUAUAGUAUACCGGAUCAGUAUUGAACCAGGCUAAAGUCAUGCAUACGGUUAUUAUACAUAGUUAUAUGAAAGAUUUCCAAUUGACUGCUAAUGGGUGAGGCCAGGUGGGAGAGCAGGGGUACUGUCUUGGGACUGGUGUUAAUGGUUUAAUUCCACCUAAAAUGUACACAUUUUGGUAUGUCUUUCCAAUAAGUGUUGGUAAUUCAGAUUACGUUACAAACGGAAUCACAAAAGCUUUAGAAUUGCAUUAAAGAAAUGUGGGCUUUAAUUUUUCAAAUUGCAUCAUUUGACAGGGUGUCUUAUUCAUGCACAGGACCACGAGUUAUUUUGAUACAUAUUCACACUGAUAUACAGAAUACAAUAAUGCAGUGAAUCAUUUCAAAUAAUAAUAAUACUAUGUUUAUAGUGGUUUUGCACAAAAACAGUGGUGCACAAGUAACGCAACUGGGGAAGAUACUAGUUUGAUUGCCUUGUUGGUUGGGGUUGGGAGAUUUCAUUGUCUGUAUGUCAGUAGUUAUUCAUUCCUGGUAUUAGGAAAGACAUUCUGCAAAUGGGCUUUUGCAUGAAUGAUGCAAUAUUAAACUGAUGCCAGCAGUCUGGUGAAAUUCCUUUCCAGUGACUAUACGCAAGUUGUAUAGAUGUGUAUCUUACAGGUGCUUGACGAGGUGAGAAAUGCAUUUGUAUUGCAUUUUCCCCCCUUAAUGUAUUCCUCAUGUCCCGAGAUGAUUAUUUGCCAAUUGUUCAGCAGAUCAUGGAUAUCGCGCCGUGUCUGCUCCACGGGAACUCUGCAGGAGGCUGUGUGGUCCAGUGGUUAAAGAAAAAGGGCUUGUAACCAGGAGGUCCCCGGUUCAAAUCCCACCUCAGCCACUGACUCAUUGUGUGACCCUGAGCAAGUCACUUAACCUCCUUGUGCUCUGUCUUUCGGGUGAGACGUAAUUGUAAGUGACUCUGCAGCUGAUGCAUAGUUCACACACCCUUGGAUAAAGGCGUCUGCUAAAUAAUAAUAAUAAUAAUAAUAAUAGUGCCCAAUAUCUGACAGUUGUUAUUUUGAAUCUAGAAUCUGUUUAACCAAUUCCUAAACUAAAUAAAAAUAAAAUAUGUGUUUUGGAUCCCUGGUUCUAGAAUUCAGAUAUUGUUGUUAGUGGAACACAUCGCAGGCAUCAAAGAGUUAAAAUGCAUUUUGUUUUUUGAAAAACAAAUAAAAUCAACAAUAUCAGUUAACUAUAAGUUAGUUGAUUUUAUUUGUUCUUCAAUACAACUGAUGACACUCUAUACCAGUAUGUGCAGUUUAAUCUCAAUGAUCGAGUAAUGCAGACUCUUGUAUUAUCACUCUUCCAUCAUUUGUCAAUCUUGUGAAAGUAUGUUGUAAACCAUUGGUUUAGUCUUUCAAUAUGUAGCUUUUGCCUUUUAACUGAAUGUAAUUGAGUAUAUUCUGUGAGUAACAAUUCCUUUAUAUGUAUUUUGUAGUUUUGGAAUUCUUUUUUUUUAUUUUUUAUUUUGUUCUCAGCUUUGGCACAUUUACCAGCCUCAUUUUUAAUACUGCAUCUUUUGUUUUAAACCUGUUAUAUUAUUUGCCAUUCAGUUUCUACAUCAAAUGUGAAUUAAUACAAAAUAAAAAAAAAAUUAAAAACAGAAAAA